AUGGCCGCUCCCAUGCUCGAGUUCCGCACGCCCGGGUACAACCCGUACGCCGUGCAGUACUCGCCGUACUACGACUCGCGCGUGGCCGUGGCGUCGUCGGCCAAUUUUGGCAUCAUCGGCAACGGCAAGCUGUUUGUGCUGGAGCUGACGGCGGCGGGCGCGCAGAUUGGCAAAGUAUGGGACACCAACGACUCGCAGUUUGACGUGGCGUGGUCCGAGAUCAACGAGAACCAGCUGCUGGUGGCCUGCGGCGACGGGUCGCUCAAGCUGUUUGACCUGUCGGUGGACAACUUCCCCGUGAUGAACUUCCACGAGCACAAGCGCGAGGCGCUGUCGGUGUCGUGGAGCCCCGUGACCAAGGACUCGUUCCUCACGAGCUCGUGGGACGGCACCGUCAAGCUGUGGUCGCCGACGCGCAACCAGGCGCUGCGCACGCUGCCGAUUGGCACCUGCACCUACUCGGCCGCCUACUGCCCGUCCAACCCGGCGAUCGUGUCGGCGGCCUCGAGCGACUCACACCUGCGCAUCUUCGACCUGCGCACGCCGGUCUCGGCCAAGUACCACCUCGUCGCAACGGUGCCGGUGCACGCGCCGCCGACGCACGCGGGCCACCUGCCGCACCUCGCCAACGGCGGCGUCCCCCCGCCCGGCGCGAUGGGCGGCGCGCCCGCGGAGAUCCUCACGCACGACUGGAACAAGUACAACGACACCGUGGUUGCGACGGGUGGCGUGGACAAGGUGAUCCGGACGUUCGACAUCCGCAACCCGGCGGGCGGCGCGCUGUCGUACAUGAUGGGCCACGAGUUUGCGGUGCGGCGGCUGGCGUGGAGCCCGCAUGCGCACGACAUUCUGCUGAGUGCAAGCUACGACAUGACGGUGCGGGUAUGGACGGACGGAUCACCACCGCCGCCGGCCCCGCCGCCGUCGCAGCAGCAGAUGCCCGUGCGGAUGGGCACGGAGCUGGGCGUGAUGAACCGGCACACAGAGUUCACGACAGGCGUGGACUGGUCGCUGUUUGGCGAGGGCGGCUGGGUGGCGUCGACAGGCUGGGACGAGCGCGUGCUGCUCUGGGAUGCAAACGCAUUAAUACACCGGAGGAUGUAG